GAGACGGGAAGCGGCGGGGCCCGGCGGAGCCGCCGCGCACUCGGCCGGCACCAUGGCGCGCAAGAAGCUGUACCGGCCCAUCGCCGCCAUGGCCAAGAAGAUCCGCGAGUACCGGGCGCUGAAGAACCGGCCGCGGGAGUCGCAGCGCUUCGCCCUGGACUACGAGAGCAUGCGGCGGCCGCUGACGCAGAAGCGGCUGCCGGUGCGGGCCUGGGAGGACGUGCGGCGGGAGAACCGGCUGCUGGCGCUGCUGUGCCGCCUGCCGCGCUUCGGCCUGGGCCGUCUCGUCACCCGCAAGUCCUGGCUGUGGGCGCACGACGAGCCCUGCUACUGGGUGAUCACCAAGGUGAAGGCUGACCACACGGCCGAGAACAUGGACCACGGCAGAGCCUGGGGCCGCCUGACCUUCCGAGGCAAAACCGAAGAAGAAGUGCGAGAGAUAGACAAAGUCAUGUACCAUGACUGGCGUGUGGUGCCCAAGCAUGAGGAGGAGGCCUUCAAGAAAUUCACCCCAGUACCAGAGGAGACCAUUCGGUACCUUCCAUACCCACCUCUGCUCCGAGCCAUGAUCCUUGCGCGGUGGCAGAAGGAGGGAAAACCAAUCACAGAGGAGCCCAUGAUUGAUCUGGAGAAGCUCAAGGCCUCUCCCCAGCGGAGUGCAAAGAAAAAAGCUACAGGGACACCAGUUUAAGGACUUGUUCUAUGUUCUGAGCUUCCUGUGUGCUCUCACUGUGUGUUAGGAGCAUGUAAUCUUACAGAAGACCUCCUUAUCCACUGUGGUACAGUGUACCCCUGUUGAGCCACCUCAUCUGAAAGGAAAGGUGCAGAUACAUUCACAUCUUUUCUUCUAUAACUUCAGUCUCAGUCAGCAGAGGAACCUUCUCAGUUCCUGUAUGAUCUCUGAAUGCAUAGCUCCUGGCAUCCAGCUACGCUUUCUUGGAGCACAAUUUUCUUUACUGCCUGAAAAUUAAGUUUUUAAGAACAUUUUCCAGAUAAUUUGGGUCCUACAGGAAUCACAGAAAAAUGACUGAGAAUAUCAAGUUAUUUCACAGAGCAGUUUACAACUGUGCUAAUGAAAAUAAAUGUCGUCUUAUUUCUGCA